AUGGUGUGCCUCCUGCUAGCGGCAACCCUUCUCUUUGCCGUUGCCGGCAAUUCGCAGCUUACGGCAACGACGACGACGCUAUUCUCAACUUUCCGUCGAACAAAGACGAUUCUUCGGGGUACAUGUGGCUCGAACUUGGAUGUUUUGCCUCUAUGUGACAAUAUACAGUGGGGUUCGUUCAAUUCCAGGACUCAAGAUAAAGCUUCGACUUCUCAGAUGACAAAUCCUUCAACAAGCGCUCCCGAUACGACCUCUUCGUUCUCCCAGAGCACAAUCGUCUCUACGAGUACUGUAUCGAGUAACGCCGGCGCUCCAACAGAAUUCCGGUUAAGAGCUCUUAUUCCAGGCUUUGAUGAUGCAUAUGUGAAUACAACAUACAAUGGGCCAAUUAUCAUCGAUGUCGAUGCAGAAAAUAGACUUCUCCAACGGGACGAUUUACUCAACAAUCCUAUACCCAGAGUCGUAAAUAACGCCGACUUUAAGCUUACGCCAGAAGGAACAAUCAGUGCAAUAAGUGCAAACCAGCGCCUUGUCGUAUAUAGACGCCAGACGAGUAGUGUUGGGACGCCAAAUGACUAUGGAGAUGUCUUGAUCCUGCGAGGAAAUACUCUAGCGGAUAAUGAUCUCUCUCGUAAUUGGUAUUUUAAGGGCUGCAGUUUGGAUUUACAGAAUCCGUCUACCUUUCAGCUCUAUAGGGUGUAUCUGCUUCAGAUAGAAAGGACGAGGUAUGCCGUAAAGAUGGGAGCAGUAGGAGCACAGGUUCCCUUGACUUUUGAGGCAUAUGACCUCUGCUAUGAACCAGCUGUCCGUUCGAGUACAUCAACUUCCAGCGCAAGGACGACCUUACCUAUCAGCUCUGUUAUUUCUAGCUCAUUAUCAUCAUCGUAUCGGCCACCUAGCACGUCAUCCGAUCUGUCAUCUAAUGUACCCGAAAGCUCACCCGCUAUGAUAUCGUCUACUCCAUUGUCUAGUUUGUCUUCAGAGACAUCCUCGAGUUCAUAUAUGCAAUCGCCAUCCAGUUCAGCUUCAAGCGUGAUGCUUAAUGCUUACGAUAUUAUCACACUCGAAGCACUGUACUCAUUUUGUUCCAACCUACUACGCUCCACGGUGACCUCGACAUCUUCGACGGUUACAUCAUCCUCUAGUGCAGAAGUAUCAACAAAAAUAAUCACUUCAUCAGAACUCGUUGUAUGUACCAGUUCCCAUAUCGAAUACGUUUCGACAUCCUAUAUCCCUACAGAGACAAGCGUCACAGAUCUACGACAAAAGAAAGCUUCUAUCGCAAAAAGGCAAGAGCCAUAUACAACCCCAGCCCCUUUAACCUCCUUCAAUGAUGCCGAAGUCAGGGCCGGCUGCUCUAGUGCCAUUGCAGCACCAACAACCACGGUAGACUCGACAACCACGAGCGUUGUUGUCAUUCCUUAUCCAUCGACCACAGAUUUCAGUUCCACGGAGACAAGUUACUCAACGGAACUGGUUUCAAGUACCAUUCAAUCCGUCCUAACUUCUACCAUUGCGGCGAACGGCUAUUAUAAAAUGAAAAAUGAUAGUCUCGGGACUUUCGACAACUAUUACUUUUGGAUUGACCCCAAAAAUCAUCAAGGUACCCUACCCGAUACCACACCCAUAGCGAACACAACGAGGGAAACAUUUUGGCAAGCAAUAUGGGACGGCACCUCGGGGGGUUGGAGGUUGAGAUACGACUGGUGGCGUUUUAUCAAUGGAGUCAAUACCACCGAGUCAUUUUAUCUCGUAUAUUUUACUACAAUACCGAAUCCCCAAAGGAUACAAGCUAGGUGGCUUGGAAUAACGAAAAACACCGCUAUUGUAGGAGCUGGGAAAAUGCUACAAUACACUUUAUUUGACAUUAAUGAUGGGUAUGCAACGAUACGUCCAUCGUUGGAAGGAACCAGAACUACGCUAUGGACUUGUCUGGAUGGAGGCACUGCGCAACGGCCUCCAUCAUUUUGGUAUUAUGCGAGUACUGGCUGGACCGACUUCGUCAACACUGCACUGGACGGCCCAAAUGACAAUGGGCAAUAUGUUACAUAUACGUUGCAUGACUGUGUUGUAGUCCCCGGAUUCCAUAUAUUAGGAUGGUGA